ACGUUCCAAUCCUAGACGUCAAAAAAUCUCGAUUCCUUGCGACUUCUAAUCUGAAUUGACCAUCUUAUCCCCCCUUUAUUUAUUUACUUACCUUACCAUUGCAUUUUACUUUCAUCACUAUUUUCUCUCUUUCUAAAAUUCCAAAAUUUUCAUUUUCUUGUGUUUUUGGCGAAUCGGGCGAAGCUUCUCUCCCUCUUUCGCCUUUUGUUUUGACAUGAAUUUUACACAACAAUAUCUUCCAAUCAGACCCCAAAUCUUAUUGGGUCUUUAAAUUUGUUGUCUUGAGUUAGUUUAUUCGCUGAGGAAACAUUCAAAAACGCUACAAAUCUUUGAAGUUUGGUCCGAUUAUGAAGCCGAUUCAACCACCAACGUCUGCGGCAUCGUCGCGUAAUAGGCGAAUUCCACGGAGACGGCCGGACCUAACCCUACCAAUACCGCAACGUGACGCGCCUAUUGCGGUGCCGCUUCCUCUUCCGCCGUACUCCGCCCCGGUAACGAGUCAGAACAACAACAUAGUGAUGAAUUUCAACGAACUCGAGCGACUCAACCGAGUCGGGAGCGGAUGUGGAGGCACCGUUUACAAAGUCGUCCACCGGCCGACUUCGCGGGUCUUCGCGCUCAAAGUGAUCUAUGGAAACCACGACGACGCCGUGCGCCGUCAGAUCUUGCGGGAGAUUGAGAUCCUCCGAGAUGUCGACCACCCGAACGUGGUCAAGUGCCACGACAUGUUCGACCACAACGGCGAAAUCCAAGUCCUUUUAGAGUUCAUGGAUGGUGGCUCUCUCGAAGGCUCACGAAUUUCUCAAGAAAACUUACUUUCAGAUCUCGCUAGACAAGUCUUAAGCGGAUUAUCGUAUUUACAGCGUCGCCACAUUGUUCAUCGGGACAUAAAGCCCUCAAAUUUGUUAAUAAAUUCAAGAAAAGUUGUCAAAAUUGCCGACUUUGGGGUCAGUAGAAUAUUGGCACAAACAAUGGAUCCUUGUAACUCUUCCGUGGGUACAAUAGCUUAUAUGAGUCCGGAGAGGAUCAAUACGGAUUUGAAUCAAGGGCAAUAUGAUGGACACGCCGGAGAUAUAUGGAGUUUGGGGGUGAGCAUUUUGGAGUUUUAUCUUGGGAGGUUUCCAUUUUCGGUGGGGCGGCAGGGGGAUUGGGCGAGUUUGAUGAUGGCAAUAUGUAUGUCACAGCCACCAGAGGCGCCGCCUACAGCGUCUAGGGAUUUUAGGGAUUUUAUAGCGUGUUGUUUACAGAGGGAUCCGCCUAGGCGGUGGACGGCGGCGCAGUUAUUGCAGCAUCCGUUUAUAUUGAGGGGAGGAGGAACGAAUCAGGUGCAUCAGAAUCUUCAUCAAUUGUUACCUCCACCACGCCCACUUUCUUCUUAGUAGUUUUUACUUCAUUAGUGAAUGGAUGGAUCAAUGUUAAAUCUUGAUUUUGGUUUCUUUCUUUUUCUUAAUUUUGUUUGAUAUGAUGAUGGGUGAGGUGGGAUUUGGUUUUUAGGGGAGUUUAGAUGAUUGGGGUUAUGAAAUUAACGGAGGAGCUUCAAGUAUGGAUAUGGAUGAAUGAUGAGGAUGAAUAUCAACUUUCAAUCAAAUUAAUCAAUGAAUGAAUCUUGUCUUUUGAUAA